AGUUAAAUGUAAGGGAAUCCGACGUAAGAGUGUGUGAUGAAUCGUCAUGUAAAUACGGAGGAGUGUGCAAGGAAGAGGGUGACGGCUUGAAAUGUGCGUGUCAGUUCCAGUGUCACACAAACUAUAUUCCUGUUUGUGGAUCAAAUGGAGACACUUACCAAAAUGAAUGCUUCCUCAGGAGAGCUGCUUGCAAGCAUCAGAAAGAGAUAACAGUGGUAUCAAGAGGACCUUGUUAUUCUGAUAAUGGCUCGGGAUCAGGAGAAGGAGAGUAUGAAGGAUCUGGGACAGAAGUUCAGAGAAAACACUCAAAAUGUGGAGUGUGCAAAUAUAGGGCUGAGUGUGAUGAAGAUGCAGAAAAUGUUGGGUGUGUAUGUAAUAUAGACUGCAGUGGAUACAGUUUUAAUCCCGUAUGUGCUUCUGAUGGAAGUUCCUAUAACAAUCCAUGCUUUGUUAGAGAAGCAUCGUGUCUGAGGCAAGAGCAGAUCGACAUCAGGCAUCUUGGACACUGCUCAGAAACAGAUGACACAAACGCAGUUGGAAAGAAAGACGAUGGCAUGCAGUAUCGGCCAGAAGUGAAAGACGCCAGUGAUCAAAGAGAAGACAUUUACAUUGGAAACCACAUACCUUGCUCAGAAAGCUUCAAUGGCUACUGUAUACAUGGAAAAUGUGAAUUCAUUUAUUCCACUCAGAAGGCUUCCUGCCGGUGUGAAUCAGGAUAUACUGGACAGCACUGUGAAAAGACAGACUUUAGUAUUCUUUAUGUUGUCCCAAGUAGACAAAAGCUUACGCAUGUCCUUAUUGCAGCAAUAAUUGGAGCUGUACAGAUUGCCAUUAUAGUUGCAAUUGUCAUGUGCAUAACAAGAAAAUGCCCCAAAAACAAUAGAGGACGUCGGCAGAAGCAAAACCUAGGCCAUUUUACUUCAGAUACGUCAUCCAGAAUGGUUUAACUUAGUGAUUUUUAUACCUACAUUGACCAUGUGGUGUACAUUUUUAUUAUAUCUUUUUUUAAAAAAUGGAAAUAUUUAUUUCAGAGGCCUUAUUUUUGAACAUUUUUAGUGUAACAAUGUUGGUCUGUAUUCUGAAAGCAUCAGCUCUAACAGCUAUGGACUGUUUUAGUACCUUUACUUUUACGUUUUUGAAUACAGUAGUUCAUUUUCUGUAUCUGUAUCACAUGGUUAUAUAAUAGACUUGUGCUUUAUCCAUGGAAUGUAAUAUUUUUGGGAACACAGAUUUAUUCCACCAAUGGUUGUAGAUUUAAAAAAAAAACAACAAACCAACAAAAAAGCCCACAUUACCUAGCAAACAAGGCAUGAACUAAAGGUAAAAAUGUUUACAGCUUACUUUUCUUAUGAGAAACUAGAAAACACUGUGUUUAAAUACCGUAGAUAUUUAAAUGUUUUUGGAAGUUAGUAACUGAUUUUUUAGACACUGCCUAUCGCAUGAACUGUGAAGCUGUGUGCUGUGUGUAGUUGUAACAUAUUUAUAAAACGUGUGGGCUGGGUCUAAGCACUGCCAUCUUCAUAAAUAAUUCCAACAAUUUAUUUUUAAAGAGGAAAAUUAUAAAUUUCGUAAUUUGGGAAGUUACCUGGUAGAGCAGAUGGCACAGGUCCAAAAGAAGUAGAUCUUAGUAGAUUUAGGUAUUGUAAAAAUUGGUGUUGAAAAAUUGAACACAAAUAAUUGGAAUAAAGCCUACUUUAUCACUGUUAAAGCUGUUUUAAUACUUCUUAAACUUUUUUAAAGAAAAUACAUGUUUUAACACCUACAAUACAGAUUGUAUAGUGUUUGUGAUUAAAAUAAAAACAAAUAAUAAAAGUGAAUGAAUUACUAGUGCUCUUGUAUAGAGUAUUUUCAAGAGCUAAGGAAGUCCAUCCAAAUUAGUCUGCUGGUCAUAGUUAUAUUAAUAGACUGUUAGUUGUCGUUUGAAAGAUCCCAAGAUAAAGUGUGAAUAGGGUGUGUUCAGCUGUUUUAACAUGUAGUUUAGGCUUUCAAAAUUUUGCAUGUAGGAUUUAAUAAUUUGUUCAAUAAAAAAAAAUGCUUUCAACAUUUUGAACUGGAAAAGCAUGUCACAAUACAACGUUUUCACUAUA